GAAUUUCGUAUUUGUCCAGUAAGGUUUGUUCCAACAUGGAUUUGUUCCGCAACGCAAAGGUGGUGCUGCUCCGAAGCCAUACCAAGAAGUAUUUGUUUGCCGAUGAGGAUGAGGAGUCCGUUACUCAGAGUCGAAAUGGAUGGACGAAGAAUGCGAGAUGGAGCGUUGAGUUUGUUAGGUUCUUUGAUUCAAGAAUCCGGCUCAAGAGCUGCUACGGCAAGUACUUGACGGCGUCGAACCAGCGAUUGUUCCUCGGAAUGACCGGCAUGAAGGUUCUGCAGACUCGUCCAGAGCGGUUGGACUCGUCGCAUGAGUGGGAGCCGAUCAAGGAACGCUCACUUCUGAGACUCAAAACGCAGUACAGUAGUUUCUUGAGAGGCAACAGCGGUGUUCCGCCGUGGCGGAACUCGGUCACUCACGAUGCGCCACAUCGUACCGCUACACAGGAAUGGAUUCUAUGGAAUGUUGAAGAAUCUUUGAACCCUUUCAAACCCUUUGAUUUGAAAGGGAAAUGGUUCAAACAGAAUGUAUAGUUUGAACAAUGCCACACUUGUAGGUUAUCUAAUAUACUUAUCUCUAAAUGUUAAAUUUUUUUGUCUA